AUGAACGAAUACGAGUUGCGACGCCAGGAGAAGAUCAGAAAGAACCAAGCACUGCUUGCGGGCCUUGACAUCAAGCCCAUCGAAGCACCGCGAAAGCGUAGAGCAGAUGGUCAGCCUGCGGCGAAGAAGAGGAAGCUUUUAGAGCCUACGGCACCUUCACGCACUUCAGCGCGCAUCGCAUCUGCUCCCGAGAAGCCAAGUUACAAUGACAAUGUCGACACGAAACCAAUCCCAUUACCUAGAUCAGCGCCGAAGAAGAAGAGCAAGAGCAGGGUAAACGAUGUCCAAGACCUAGGCUCAAGAGUGGAAGAGGAGCCAGAACCGCUGGUCCCAAAGAAGAACGUGGAAGAGAUACAAGCAGGCUGGACAGCAUGGGAGCCCGUAGCAAAUCCACCGAUACGAGACGACGACCGUACAUUCCGGUUCGACGACCACCCCGACUUCACGCCCAACAAGUCGCCAGAAGAGAUGCUGAAGCAAGGCUGUUUCGGCGGCUCCUACUACCGUCCCCUCCGCUCCCGCAAGCUCGGCAUCAUCGUUGAAGACGACUGGAAAGAACUCCCAAAAGAAUGGACCGAAGGCCUCGACAUCGACCGCUACCUCACCAGUCCCGAGUACGACCCCGACGUGAACAAAUUCAAAGUCAGCUGCGGCCAGAGCAUCGAAGAAUGGGAAGCCGCCGGCUGGAUCAGCCACGAACACGACGUGCGAGGGUGGUUUCAGUGGUACACGCGCUUCUUCCGCGGUCGACGUUGCGAUGACGAUGAAAGGCAGAUCAGUCGGUGGAAGAAGUGUGUCGGGCAGACGGGGAGAUGGAGGCGGAUGUUGUUGAAGAAGUACAUGAAGUUGGGGGUGCGGGAUGUUUUUGACGAUGGGGCGGAUGAGGAUGCGCCUGAGGUUAGUCCCGUGAUGCAUCAGACGUGUCAUCAUUGGGCGUAUGAGGUACGGCAGGAGGAUUUGGAUCAUUAUUGGGCGACUGGAGGGCGAUAA